UCUUCUUCUGGUCUAUGGUGCAGAUCGGGGGGCCGAAGCACCGCCGAACUGAGCCCAACAGCUGGCCGGCUCUGCUGGCAUGCAAACAGGGGGGCGGACCAGCCCCCAUGCGGUGGGUGAAUCUUAGGCUGCCGCAUCCGGAGCGCCUCUCGUCCCCCACCUCCUCUUCCUCCACCACCACCUCCUCCUCCUCCUCCCCCGUCUCGGCCAAAUCCAUGCGGUUUAUUUGGAACAACAUUUUCAGCAAAGGAUCGCAUAUGCUGCAGUGUCUUUGUGGCAGGAGCCUCAAGAAAAACAAGAACCCAACUGAACCACAGCUGAAGGGCAUAGUGACCAGGUUGUUCUGCAGACAGGGCUUCUAUCUCCAGAUGGGCCAGGAUGGAAGUCUGGACGGGACCAAAGACGACAGCACCAACUCCUCUCUGUUUAACUUAAUUCCUGUGGGUCUGAGAGUCGUGGCCAUCCAGUCAGUCAAGACUGGCCUCUACAUCGCCAUGAAUGGAGAGGGUCACCUCUAUUCCUCGGAACUGUUUACAGCAGAGUGUAAGUUUAAGGAGUCAGUGUUUGAGAACUACUACGUGAUCUACAGCUCUAUGCUCUACAGACAGAAGGAGUCGGGCCGGGCCUGGUUUCUAGGCCUCAAUAAAGAGGGUCAGGCCAUGAAGGGCAACAGGGUCAAAAAGACCAAACCAGCUGCACACUUCCUGCCUAAACCUAUAGAAGUUGCAAUGUACCGUGAGCCUUCGUUGCACGAUGUAGGGGAGGCGGUGCCUAAACUCGCCGGGGGCCCGCCUUCCAAAAGCACAACCAGCGAACCGGUGGUCAUGAAUGGCGGCAAACCAGUCAGCAAACCCGACAAGGAAGCGACAUAACCCCACCUCCAUUUUCUCGCCCUCCUCUGGCUGACCAAAGGCCAGGAAAAAGACUCGCCCCACUGCUGCGCUCUCAAAAAAAAACAAAUCAAGCAACAUAAGGUAACAAACACAAACAACAGCUCAACUUCUGACUGGUCAGCAGUGGGGCCGCACAGCCCGCCUCACCUCUGUCCCUAUUGGAUGGAUCAGGUUGUUGUGGGGCGGGGCCAAGGGGACAGAGCGCUGCGGCUGGUGGGAAGAGGAGAAAGAAGACGGGCCACUGCCAGCCAGAUAUUUUGGAACUGGGACAGUGGUACGCCCUCGUAUUAGAGACUUCUUAAAGAAAAAAGAAAAAAAAUCGUCCUCCCGGUAUUUUUCUGUGACAAUCUGUAAGAUCGAGGCCCCAGGUUCCUCUGCUCCCUGCAAUGUUUUCUGUUGCCAGGUUUGCUUGCUCACUAGUGGCUACACACAGACACACACACCCCGACCCCAGAAUCAACCGCUGGGAUUCGAUCUUUGAGUAAAGCAGAUUAAUAACAUCAGCAAACAUCUGGCAGGGAGAACAAACACUGAUGAUUCAGAUGAUGCUUAGUCAUUGAUCAGUUCAGACUUGGCACAGGUCAUUCAGUGUGAAACUUACAAUGACAUGUACUUGAAAGUGGCACUGUGCAUUACAUACAAGGCAAACACACACGUUAACCCGUCUCUGAUUUUCAUCACUUGCAGUAUAUCUCUUCUUAUUUGAGACCACGUAGCUCAAAGCAUGUUUGCCUUUUCAGCAUUCCUUUACUCUAUCUGUUCAGUGGUUUUUUAUCCUGCACACAAAGCACUAGUGAUUAUUGAGCUACAUUGUUGAACAGACAAAAAAAAUGAUUUUAGUUUCUACCUCUCACUUCUUUUUUAUUUUCCUUCAUUCCCUUGAAUAAAUGCUGAGAUUUCUGUCACAAGUGUAGCUCCGGAGAUGACGUGUAGCUGAAAGCAGAUAGAACUCCACAAAGUCCCUGUUUCCUGUAGCAACACAGAGAGUACAGGGGGCGUGUUGGCAUCAGAGCAGAAUGGUAGCAGUGUUUACAUGGAGUAGCAUAUAUAGUUGAGUGGGAUGGGCCAGAACGUGGUGGUUACGUCUGUUCCCUUCCCAAGUACUUGAAAUUAAAGGUAGAAAUGAGGGUAAGAGUUAACAGGGUAAAGGAAGGUGAUAAAGCCACUAUGUGUAAAUACUUUACUGGCCCACAUAGGGUAAGUCCACACAAAUACGUUUUCAGUUUAAAAUGGAUUUAGAGCUUAGGAACCAAAACAAAACAAGGUGAGGUGUACAGCAUUAAUGCCCCUCAAUCUGAGAGGUCAUAACACGACUAACAACGAAGAAAGAAGAAAACGUGACCUAUUCAGGCCUUGCAUAGUAUUUAUAUAAGUCAUUCAUUGAGGAUGUUGCUGUUGUCUUGACAGUUCAUAAAUGUGCAAAGUGCUUUUCAUUUGCAAGCAUUUUUUCUAAAUCUUGAUCUGAAAAAUAAGUAAAGCUGUUGGAUAAAUGUUGUGGAGUGAAAAGUUCAAACUGAAAUGUUGAAGUAGUAAGUAGAAGAAAAUGAAAAUGUUUAAAGUCCAAGUGCCUCAAAAUGUCCUUAAGUUUGAUACUUGUUUGGAAAUGUACGUUUCCAACACCGGUCUCAUGUCUCCACGUCAGUUUAUCUGAGUGGAUCCGAGCAAACUGGGAAUCAGCUGUGAUCCUAAGUAAAAUCAUUUGUGAAAAUACAUUUCCCCCGUAGCCAGGUGAUCUAUUUAACAUUUGAAAUGGGGCCUAAUCAGAACAGGUCUGACUGUUAAUGGAUCCUGUCAGAUCUGGUCUUUUUUGUUCUUUUUUUAAAUUUUAAUUAAUUUAUGCCUGGUCAGGAUUUAGUUUUCUGUAGGACUGUGGACGAUGAUUUGAAUAAUGCUGUAUUUGCAUUAAAAGUCUUCACAUAGUGGCUUUAAAUAAGCCUGCACUAUAAAAACAGUUAUUUAAAAAGUGUAAGAAAUGUGUUUUCUGAAGAAAAACCAUUAAAGACAAAUAGCUCUCAUUGAUCACAGUGGCAAAAUAUGGGUUUGUGUGUGCAACGUGAAGCUACAAGGCAGAAAAUGAAAUGAAACCGAUUCCCAUGUGUCGUCCCUCUCACUGUGACAGUCAACAUGGCAGCGGUCUGUUCUGGACCUGAAUCCUGUUGGACACCCAGGCCUUUCUGUUUACCCCUCGUUCUCUGACAUCAAGUCUAGACGCCAAUUAACUCCUCAAAAAGUUACACCAGUCGCCGGUCGUACCACUGAGGAGAUAAUAAUACUGUGAUCCCACACUUCAUGUUAGUAUCAGUGACAAUGAGGCAGACACAUGCUGAUGAAUAUAUUCAGUAUGAAACAGAAACCCUGCGUCUCUUUUGCUCCCCAAUUUCGGGCGGAGUGAAAUAAUCACCGGCGUAACCAGAAGUACAAAGACACAAUGAGACAAAGCAGCCGCCCUUGACAAAAAUCAAGGCUGCGUGAUUAAUCCUCACAAUUGUUCCGACAUCAAACAAGCAUCAGCCCGAAUCAGCUGCACACCCCCAGCCUCAGCAACAGGCACGUGUCUGUGCCGCAGCUGAAACGCUGCACUCCAGUGAAGCCACUGUAACGUGUUGAAUGUCGUCCCGCUGUGAGGAUUACGCUCCGUAACUGAAGAGACUGUGAAAAUGCUCUACAGCUCACAGUGUUUCUAAUUGGCAUUUCUCACAUUUUUUCCCUUCCCUUCACAUCACACCACAUUGUUUCCUCUCUCUCCUCUGAUCUCAUUAGCUUUGUCUUCUGGAUAUGUGCAGCUUGACCAGUUUUCAUUACGUAAACUCACCCUGUCCAGUGUGUCCGUGCUGGUGUCGGCUCGUGGCCUUUCCGUUCUAUAUUGAAAGAAAACAGUUUAAGGCUCAUUAAUGCUCAGCGUUAGAUAUGUAUACAGAAACUUACUGAUCCUCGUUUCCACCAAACUUUGUCCAUAUGCAAGUCAACAACAAGUGUAUUUUAUUCCUAUUCCAUGAUCUCCGUUGUGUUCGCAACUCUCUCCCUUUCAGUCUGGUUUUAACCAGCAAUCUAAAGCAACAGUUUUUGUCUCAAUAUUGCUCCAAACACAUAUUCUACAAAACCGUGUGACAAAAUCUCUCCCAUGUGGCGUCUCUAUCCAUUCAUAAAGAAAUACAUUUCAGUGCAUUGAACACUAGGAUGCAGAGUCUUAUAUACGUUGUAUAUGAAACAGAUUUACAGACACAAAACUUUGUGGAAGCGAUCUGAUCUGUCCGUACUCCGGCGUUAUUAUCGUCCGUGUUUGUGCACGUCUUCUGAAAACGUACAGAUUCGGAUGCAACAGAGCAGUAGCACUUGAAAUUGUAAGGGAGGGACGGACGCUUGAACCAAUAGUUCAAGCGUAGGACACGAGGAAGAAAUUCCAGUUUGUUAUUGUCAGAAACUCCAGCCUCUGCGCUGCCUUAUAGUGGAUGCGUGCACGGAAGUAUGCAGGCAGUUAUUUUUCUCUUUUCAAAUGUUAAGGCAGCACAAAUGAGCCAUUAGAGAACCAAUUGCAAAAUACUUAUUGAUUAAUAACAAAUAUUAAAGUACAUUUUCAAGAGGGAUCAGAGUUUAGCAUUUUCAAUUCACGUGACAUGUGAUGUUAGUCCAUCAGAAAGUGUCUCUCUUCCCCUGCCAAGCUCAAGGUGUGAGAUCCAGGGCGGCUAUAGAUUUAUGCUUAGCUCAGCCGUCCUCGAAGUUAGCAGUUUUACACAAGAUUUCAAAAUUCAAAUUCAAAAGUCGAUUCACUUCAUCCUGUCUUACGUUACUUUAAAAGCAAAUAGGGAUUAAAAAGUGGACGACUUGUGAUCAGUGUUGUGCACGUCAAAUAAAUGUGGAUGUACAAUUAUUUGUCACACCAUGAAAAAGGUUAAAAAAACAAAAAACCUGACAAACAGGUCUGUAAACAUCCUUUUUAUUUUUCAUGCAUCUUGUGUUGUCCCGACUGCCUGUGUCUUUCCAAGGAGCCUUUUUUUGGUGACCAUCUAUAGAUACAGCCGGUAGCAUGACUCCAGGACGGUAACUGCUCUUCACUGAGUGAUUAUCAAGCAGCUAAUUUGUGCUGCACUGCUGGCAGAGGAACAGGAGGCAAAUCUACUCAGAUCGGAGAGGCCCUGGCUUGUUAGGCCUGCAGAAGGGUUCACAUCCUGUAAAACGCUGCGAUUGAAGAUCUGUGGGACACGCGCAAGAUAUAAUUAUGGUUGAGGCCAGAGAAAAUUGGCCUGGUUUCCUGGCUACUGACCAAAGCCUCUGCUACAAUAGCAUUUCCAGGCUUGUAAUCACAGUUCCUGGUUCAAACAACGAAGGCGCAAUUACUGUCAGCGUCUCCUGAGAAAUUUCUCCCCACUGGUGGUUAGCCAGGUACCAGGGCUGCAAUUAUGAGACGUCUAGCAGCGAGCGCUGUGCAGGAAGAGAGCAGCUGAUUUAAUUAGACGUGAGCAAUCAUGACAUCCUUGGUCACUUUUAAUUUCCACAUUCAAGUACCGCUCAUGUUUUCAUGGCAGGUACACAUGUAGCCAUGUUACUCUGUCUUCUGAAGUCAGGAAGGCACAAAAUGGACGAGACGGAAAAGACGAGGAGACACAGGAACAUGUAAUGGUUUAGCACUGUACUCAUGACGUAGCUCGUCUCCCUCAGGUUUUCUUUUUCCCCUGUUCCCCUUUAUUCCUCUUUCAAAAGGCUGCCUUAUUACAUCAGAAUGAGAAAGAGAGACGGUAAACAGGCUCUCCUCCCAGCUGUUUCUGUCUCACCUCCCUCACCCCUCCACACACACUCUCUCCAUCCCAUUUUACUUUCAAUUAUCAUUUGAUCCCCCGUCUUCUGUGCACUGCAACUAAGCUAGCUUCCGCUCUCUGUUCGUUUCGUAAUCAUGCAGCCAGAGAACUUAUUCCCACCUCCUCUUUUCUUCUCCUCCUCCUCUUCCUCUCUCUGUUUGGACUGUUUCCCACUUGUUGCAUGGUUUUUAAAAGAGGAAAGAUGAUGGAGGGGGAGGAGGCUAAUGCAUGUGGUAAUGUAGGAAAUGUGUUAUCUGAACAAAACAAACAUUAACAGCAUAGCACCGGUAAAACUUUGCCUCUGGCUCAUCCCUGUCACUGGUUUGCACUUGGACAGAUGCGACAAUGACUUUUGGUAUCUGCAUUUUAAAAAUCUUCUUCCUUCACUUCCUUGUGGUGACAGAAACAACUUACAGAGACAUAUGGUUUUUAAACCAUUAUCCAUCACUGCAGUAAUGUUGUGAGACAGUGGAGAAAUGGCAACCCUGAGCAUCAACGCUUAACUCCAGUGGCUGAAAACAGGACAACUAAAAAAGAUGAAAACACAAGAGUAAUGGCUUGAUAGUCUUUGCAUCUUCUUUUAACAAUGAUUGACAGAUUAGACCUCAGGAUUUUAUUGAAGGUAGAUGCCGGAAUGCAUGAUGCAAAAUAGCUGUCAUGUCAUCCAUCUUUAUAAACACUCUAAGGAUCCAACAAAUCAGGCACCAUCUUUAGUUUUGUUCUUUGUCACACCUUUUAUCUUUUAUUUUACUCUCAAAUCACUGUUACCACCUGGUGUAGUUUGUAGUUUUUAACGUUCUUUCCUUAUCAAAUUUUUGGCAUUGGGCUACAGACUUUAGGGUUAUCACUGUGAUAUGUGGUGUGUCGUUCCUAGAACGAAUCAGCAAAUAACAGAAAAGAACCAACAACGACAAGCCUGUGUAUAAAGUUAUGUCAAAGCUGCAUCAUCAGAAUUAGUUAAUGAAUAUUGUAAAGAUGAAGGAGGUCACGUUAAAUGCAUUCAUCGCCUAUCUUUCCAGUGCAAACCGUGCUAGUUGUGAGCCACAGGGAAAUGUGAGUGGUGCAAACAUUUAAAGGAAAUCUCUCUCUGUCUGUCUGUAAAUGUACCGUUACCUUUACAUACAUAUUAUGCAAACAGUUUGUCUGCACUGUACAGUUUGUGUCCAAUGCAUUGUAUACACACAGAAAACAACAAUAUUGAAUAAAGGAUUUAUAGA